UUCAGAGUAGAUAGCUUGCACUUGAUGAAUCUGAUAUAUAGAAGAACGUAAGCAUAUGCAAGUAAACAUAGCUAUCUAGCUAGAUCCCAAAUGGCAUCUAUCAUAAAAAUCCAGGUACAUUAUUAGAGUUAAGGAAUGCAGCUGGCCUUUCCACAACGUCUUCUGAUUGAUUGUGUUUGAUAUAGUCUACCCUGUUGGUGGAUAUGAGAUUUUUGAAACUCGUACUCACUCUCUCAAUCACGUUGUGUGUGAUUGUGUAUAAUAAAGACUAUGAAUGAGGAAGAAAUGAAGAAUUUGUAUUUCUUUGAAUUAAUUUGAAGUGUUUAUCUACAUGCCUAUUUAUAGGCUCAGAUUUACUAAGGGUAAUACAAAAGGUUGAGGUUGAGAAUACCAAAAGGCUCUAAUAAUUUCUACUCUUUAUUUCCCACUUAUUUAUUCUUCAGUUUCUGAACUCCUCAGCUUCAGCUUCUUUUGACACCUGGAAUUAUUCCACGUGCAAGUUUAAUAUUUAACAUACCCCACCAUAGGAAAACAGAAAUAUUCGAUGUAAAAGUGGUACCGGUCCAUGUUCAAUUUUUAAGGGGUAUUUCCAAAGAGCUUAACGUUGCGGCUGACUUUUUCCUUGUGCAUCAGAUGAAAAAUGAUCUUUAUACUAUGCCUUUGUUAGUUUGUGGUGCUUUUCCCUAUCGUAUUUCUUAUUGAAGCACGGACCACCCAGUUCCCGUUUUAUAUACGCACUUGCAUACAUUAUAAGAUCAUCACUUGUAAACUCAACCAGCAGUCAGUAAUUAAGUUUGAUUCUUCAUUAAUGUAGCUCAUAUAUCAUACGUGUGCCAAAAGGCCUAAACUUAGUCAAAUUAUUUCUUUCUUGUUUUGCUUGCAUCCAUCAUAUAUAGAAGCUGCCACAAAGGAGUCAAAGGACUGAGGCAUAAGGCCUCAGACUAAUGUAUAGAGUCCAAUCUCUGGCCACAUCAAAACAGACAAAAACAACAAACCCUGCAAGCUGAAUCCGAGUAUGAAAAACAGCCCAACCCGAACACCUAAGGAGGCAUUUCUUUUUGAAUUAUAUACGUAUUUUGCGGUUCAAAUGAUUGGUUAAAGGAAACAACAAUCAGAAAGAUGAAGUAUAUGAGGCUUGGGACAAGGCCGGACACCUUCCAUACAGAAGAGGCUACCAGGACGGUGAUAUCAGAUGUUGCCAGUGAUCUGACCAUAAAUAUUAACAGUAUCAGUUAUCUUCUGCAUAAGUUGCAGCAUGAAGUUCUUUCCUACUGUGGCCUCCUACAACAACUGUGCUCAGAUUCUGACAAUAUUGCUCUGGAGCUUCAUGACAUUCCUGGAGGUGAAGAUGCUUUUGAGUUGUGUGCUAAGUUUUGCUAUGGGAUUACAAUCAAUCUUGGCGCACAUAAUAUUGUACCUGCACUCUGCGCAGCUAAAUUCCUUGGAAUGACUGAAGCGGUUGAGAAAGGAAAUUUGGUUCUAAAACUCGAAGCUUUUCUCAAUUCAUGCAUUCUUGAAGGUUGGAAGGAUUCCAUUCUCACAUUGCAGACAACUGGACAACUACCCGAGUGGUCAGAAAAUCUUGGCAUCACCAGGAGGUGCAUUGAUUCUAUCGUUGAGAGAAUCCUUACCCCCCCUGCCAAGGUCACAUGGUCCUAUACUUAUACUAGACCGGGCUAUGCUCAAAAACGCCACCGACCUGUGCCUAAGGAUUGGUGGACAGAGGACGUGUCUGAUCUUGAUAUAGAUCUGUUCCGAUGCGUUCUCACUGCUGUUAGAUCAACAAACUUGCAACCUCCGCAGCUAAUUGGGGAAGCUUUACAUGUCUAUACCUGCCGCUGGUUACCAGACACUACAAAGAGUUGGUCUCCUCAGUGUUCAACUUCUCAAACCGAAGAAUUUGCAGAUAGGAAACCCCGAAUUCUUGAGACCAUUGCUAGCUUGAUUCCCGCAGAUAGAGGAUCGGUUUCAAUUGGAUUCUUGCUGAGACUACUUAGAAUAGCAAAUUUUCUGGGGGUGUCCCCAGUUACCAAGGCUGAACUCAUAAGGCGAUCUAGCCUACAACUUGAGGAGGCUACGGUGGAUGACCUGCUAUUACCUUCACAAUUAUCCUCCAAUGGGCAAUUUCAUGAUGUUGACUUGAUUGGGGCAGUGUUAGAAAGUUUCCUGCUGCAUUGGAGGAGACUUAACUUUGGAGAACAUGGCCCAUCAGUGCUGUUAAUUCGCAAGGUUGGAAAGCUCAUUGAUUCUUAUCUCCAAGUAGUGGCAGCGGAUGUCAACAUGCCAGUAGCCAAAGUAGUGUCUCUUGCAGAAGCUUUGCCAGAAAUUGCUCGGCCUACCCACGAUGAUCUUUACAAGGCAAUUAACACUUAUCUAAAGGAGCAUCCUGGUCUGACAAAGGCGGAGAAAAAACAGCUCUGUCGCAUACUGAAUUGCCAAAAACUAUCCCCGGAAGUAUGCGCGCAUGCUGUGAGGAAUGAGAGGCUGCCGUUGAGAACAGUAGUGCAAGUCCUCUUCUUUGAACAAGAGAGAGGAGGAUCCAGCAGCAGGAAGCCUCUAGGAGCAGCAGCAAGCCAUAUUAUUGAGCUUCCACCUGAUCAUGAUGAUGAAGAGCAGCCUACCACUUGUGAUGAACAAUCCUCCUCCUUGAGAGCGGAUCAGGGCACCACUGAUCAAGGAAGUCGCUAUAAAAAAUGCAAAUCUAAUGGGAAGAUGAUGCAACUGAAGCCCAAGCAAGAUCUGGUCAGAAGAGAAGCUGACAAGGGGGGAGAUCAUACAAUUUUUACCACUAGAUCAGAAGAAGCGAUUUCUGGUUCUGCUCCCACAAGGUACGUAAAAAACUAUGCAAGGGACAAGUAACAAAUGAAACCAUACGUGCCUAUAUAUUAUAUAUGUAUAUUAAUUAAUAUAUAGCGAAGGAGAGAGAUCCACGUCACCUUCACUUUCUCCUCUCUUAGUUGUAGUUUUGAUUCUUGAAUUGUUGUUAUUAAUGUGUAAAGAGAAGAAUAUCUUAGUCAAUUAAUUUGCAUUAUUAUGUAUAAGAAGGUAGAUGAUACUGAAUCGAUGUUAUCUUCAGCAUAUGCAUGGAGGAACAAAUAACAGAAGACUAUUCAAUUGU